AUGUGUAUUGUUUUCAAGGUGAUGAUGAGUACUGCAGGACUUAUUUUUAGUGGAUUAUCUAUAUAUGCUGCUUACACGGCACUCAAGAAAUAUUUCAGUGACCGACAGCAACGACUUGCUCUUCUUAAUCCUUUUGCUAGUAAUUUCACUCCGAGAAAUAUGGAUAAUACGAUUGUUGAUUGUCCAAAUGCAAACCAGUUUUCAGUAGCAGGGGUAAGUAUACAACAGAAGAUUGCACGAGUUAGAGCGAAAUUAAGAAUGGACAACGAAAACACAGCUAACAUAGCUGUCUGUGGAAAUAGUGGUACCGGUAAGUUUAAUGAUUCAGAUAGCAAAAAUAGUCGGUCUAUGUGUUUUCUAACGGUAGGUAAAUCGACCUUUAUCAACUGUAUUCGUGGUCUACCCGAUGUCGAAAUGAAACAUGGUUUCAUACACAUAGAAGACGGUCCAGCACCUGUAGGCAUUAUGGACACAACAAUGGAGCCUAUGAAAUAUCGAUGGCCGCAAAAUACUGUGCCAUGUGUUACUCUAUGGGAUCUACCAGUAGUCAGAAGCAUGGCAAGUGUCAAUACAGACUACUUUGAAGAGCAAGGAUUGUAUGCAUUUGAUUGUUUACUACUUCUUCGAGCCGGUCGAUUUACUCAGUUUGAUCUCUUGAUUUGUAAUCGAGCACAUCAAUAUAAAAUACCAGUUGUAUUAGUGAUUACCAAGGGCGAUCAGGAUGUCGAAAGCAACAGAAAAAUCAAAAGACGUCAGCUUGGUCGACAACUGACAGCCGAGGAGGAUGAGCAAGUGAUUUCUAAAACAAAAGCAAUGCUGAAAGAGAACGCAACAGCAGAACUAAGUGCGAUUCGUUCUCGUUCCACGAAUACUCUAGUUGAAAUACCGCCAAUUUUCGUGGUUGCUCCUCAAAGUUACCGAGAUCAGCUAAAUGGUGUCUUGGAUCUUGGAGGAUGUCCACCAUUAGAAACAACACAGUUAACAGAACACUUUUUGACUGCUAUCGUUAAUUAUCGGAGUCAAACAACUGGAGACAAUGACAAGACAAAUUGA